AUGCGUCUCUCACUUACAUUGACAGCCUCUAUCGCUGCCUUCAUCUCUUCAACUGUCGCCCUCCAACUUCCCCAUCAGAAUUUGCUCUCAAAGCGCGCGGAUAUCACCCCAGGUUCGCUAUUAUACAAUUGCCACGAAGCAUGCGAUUACUGCUCAAACUCGACCUUCACGGCCGAUCUCAGCUCUUGCUUGAAAUGUGCUCUCACAUAUAACAUCUGGCAAUACUAUGGAGACGAUGUCAAGUCAGCGGCGAAGACAUGUAGCGAUGAUGCAACUCCCAGUUCUUCUUCCGCUACUUCGAGUGCUUCUUCCACAACUGCUACUGUAACCACUGGUUCUGCUACUGGCAGCACGUCUUCUGCUAUAGUUGAGACUGCUUCUGCCACUGCUACUUCGACGGGCACCGUGACGGAAACGACAGCUUCCGCGUCAGCGAGUACAGGCGCCGCUUCGAUCAUUGAGCAGAAUGCAGUUCUUCUUGUCCUGGUGGGGGCUCUUGCCUGGGAACUCUCGCUAUAA